AUGGAUAAUACUGAGAGUAUGAUUACAGAAAUCUUUAAAAACGAAAUAUAAAUCAAAAGAAUUAAAAAAGGUAUCCUUGUUAAAUAUAAUAGAACUUUAAUAAAUGGAAUAGUUAAGAAAAGAAGACUUUAAAAUAACUCUAAAAACAUUAAGUCCUAAUUUAUAAAUAAUUGUAAAAUGUUUAAUUAAAUAAGGUCGAAAUGCCUCCUAUGAAUUAAUUAAAUUAAGGAAAAUCAAUUUUGUUUGCAUUAUAUUUAGAUAAUAGAUUUCCAUUCGUUUUUCCAAAAGUGCAUAUAUUAAGCUAAGUACUCUUAAAAAUUAUUCUAAGAUUACAAAACCAUCAUUAUCAGAUGGUCGAGACUAUUUAGAAAAUAUUAUUUCAGUACCAUGGAGUCCUUAAAUUUUGUUGGCUGAAAUAAUUAAAAUAUUUCCAUAAUUUCUUGUAAUUUUGUUUUUUUCUAAUAAUAGGAAAAAAUUCAAUAAAAUUAUAAUAAUAAAGAUUAUCUAUUAAAAUUGGGUAAAUACUUUGAAAAUUAAGAAUUUGAUUUAAGAAUAGGAUUAGAAAAUAUUGAAAAUUUAGAAUGUAAAUAAAUAAUUAAUGGAAAUUAUCAUUAAAGAACUCUUUUAAUUAGUGAUAGUCAUCUAUUAAAUCUUGAAUAUUAGAACAAAGAAUUUAUAUUAUUAAAUUACUAUUGUUUGAAAGAUUUACAAAAAAUAGAGAGACAUUAAAAAAAUAUUAAUAUAAGCUGGUAAAAAGAGGGUAGCUUUAUUGUUUAAACAUUAACUUCACCUAAUUUUGAAUAGCUUUACAAUGCUAUUAAUUCAUUUAAAUUAGGCUUAAUUGGAAAAAAAUUUAAUGAAGAUGAUGUGACAUUAUAAAAAUUUGAAACCAUUUAAAUAGAUAAACUUCUAUAGUAAAUGAAUGUAAAUGAAGUGGAACUAUCUAAGAAUCUCAAUAAAGUAUCUUUAAAUAAUCUAAUGGUUUCAUAUUAAUAAGUAUAAUAUAUAAAUAAAUUUUAGGCGAUCGAAUAUUAUUCAGCAUUUUCAGAUGAAGACUAUAAAUAAUAUGUUAUUCGUCUUUAAUAAUUACUUGGAAGAGAAGAUGUAUAAAUAAUCUUGGCUAGUCCUGUUAAAUGA